AUGUCCAAAACAGUUGUUGUCAAGUCACCAGCGGAAUUCAGUAAUCUACUGAAGACCUCUAAGAUUGUUGUGACAGAUUUUUACGCGGAUUGGUGCGGACCAUGUAAGGCCAUUGCGCCCAUGUACGAGCAGCUUUCUGCGCAGCUAUCUCGUCCAAACAAGAUUACAUUCACAAAGGUCAAUGUUGACGACCAGACCGAGAUUGCAUCUACCUAUGGUAUCACUGCUAUGCCAACAUUCAUGAUCUUCAAGGGGGGCAAGCAAGUCGAGAAAGUCCAAGGUGCCGAUCCAAAGAAGCUACAAGAUAUUGUAAGGAAGUUGGCUGCAGAGGCAGAUGAUUCGGGGGAUUCUUCGUCUGGAUUCGCAAGUGGUUCUGGUUCUGGCGAUUGGCGCGCAGGAGCUCUUCCGAGAGGCUACAACGAUGUGACAGACCAGGUUGAUAUCAAGGGUCUAGAACUGUUGAACGCUGACAGUGAAUUCGGAACUGUGCGAACAUUAGUUGAUACAAGCAAACCCAGUGCCUUGUCGAAUGGAAAGGCAGCAGAUUCGAAGACUAAGGACUGGGUUGUCAGUGACACGGAUGAGCAGCUCAUGUUGUUCAUGCCGUUCCAAUCUAUGUUGAAAGUUCAUAGUGUUCAGAUCACAUCUCUGCCUUCAGCAUCUGAUAACGAGGGUGAGGAUGAUGAAGAGCCAAUGCGACCAAAAACUAUCAAGAUCUACACAAACCGAGCUCACACUGUCGGCUUUGACGAGGCUGAAGGUCUUCCUGAGACACAAACCAUCACACUGGAAGCCAAGGACUGGGAUUCAACUGGCACUGCUACAUUAUCACUCCGCUUUGUCAAGUUCCAGAAUGUUACAAGCUUGGUAUUCUUCAUUGUGGAUGGUGAUGGAGACAGUGAGAAGGUACGCAUUGAUCGGAUUAGAAUUAUUGGGGAAACUGGUGAAAAGCGCGACCCAGGAAAGCUGGAGAAGAUUGACCAUGACCAUUAA